AUGGAAGAGCUGGAAAGCAGUGUCCUGCAGACACGGAAAGCACGCCGCUUAGAGCAGAUGGUGGCAAGAUGGCUUCGGCGCUCGCGGGACAGCUCAGCCCGAACUAAAGUCGCUGCAGCUGACGGGGCCCCCGGAACCCCAACGCAGACCCUCACCCCCGUGAGGCACACGGUAAAGAUAGACAAGGACGCCCUCCUCCAGGACUAUGGAUUUCACAUUUCCGAGAGCCUCCCCCUCACCGUGGUGGCCGUCGCAGCAGGAGGCUCUGCUCAUGGCAAGCUUUUCCCUGGCGAUCAGAUCCUCCAGCUGAACAACGAGCCUGCCAAAGACCUCUCCUGUGAACGAGCCGGGGACAUUCUCAGGGAAGCUGAAGAUUCUCUCUCCAUCACAGUUGUUCGCUGCACAGCGGGAGUCCCCAAGUCCUCCUUCCUGACUGAGGAGAAGAGGGCCAGGCUGAAGACCAACCCCGUGAAGGUGCACUUUGCGGAGGAAGUGCUUGUCAGCGGACACAGUCAGGGUAAUUCUCUGCUGUGCAUGCCCAAUGUGCUCAAGCUGUACCUGGAGAAUGGACAGACCAAAGCGUUCAAGUUUGAGGCCAACACAACCGUAAAGGACAUCAUCCUCACGGUGCGGGAGAAGCUGUCCAUCCGCAGCAUCGAGUACUUCGCACUGGCUCUGGAGGAGCAAUACAGCGUCUCCCGGCUGCACCUGCUGCACGAGGAGGAGCUCAUCCAGCAGGUGGUGGACAGGGAAGGGUCCUGCAACUCCCGCUGCCUCUUCAGGGUGUGCUUUGUCCCCAAGGACCCCCUGGACCUCCUGAAAGAAGACCCAGUGGCCUUUGAAUACCUCUAUCUGCAGAGCUGCAGCGACGUGCUCCAAGAGCGCUUUGCCGUGGAGAUGAAAUGCAGCUCCGCUCUCCGCCUGGCGGCCCUGCACAUCCAGGAGCGGAUCUACGCCUGCGCCCAACCCCAGAAGAUCUCUCUGAAAUACAUAGAGAAAGAUUGGGGAAUAGAGAAUUUCAUAUCUCCAACUUUACUCCGAAACAUGAAAGGCAAAGACAUCAAGAAAGCCAUUAGUUUCCACAUGAAGAGGAACCAGAAUUUGCUGGAACCGAGACAGAAGCAACUUAUUUCCGCUGCCCAGCUCCGUUUGAAUUAUCUACAGAUCCUUGGGGAACUCAAGACCUAUGGUGGGAAAAUCUUCAAUGCUACUUUAAUGUUACAGGAUAGAGAAUCCUACAUUGCCAUCUUAGUAGGAGCCAAGUAUGGCAUCAGCCAGAUUAUCAACAGUAAGCUCAACAUCAUGUCCACAUUGGCCGAGUUUGCAAACAUCAGCCGCGUGGAGCUCACGGAAGAGUCUGAGAAAGUGAGCAUGGUCAAGGUGUACCUGCAGGAUGUCAAGGUUCUGACUUUGCUGCUGGAAUCCAACAGUGCAAAAGACCUUGCCUGCCUGAUUGCUGGCUACUACAGGCUCUUCGUUGAUCCAGUAACCUCCAUCUUCCUGUGGCCUGGAAGCAAACCACAAGGGCACCGGGUGUCUGCUGAGGAAGGCUACGAGUCCAGGACCUGCAGCGACUCAGAGGAAUCCUCGGAGGCCGACUGUGUGCUGGAAUCCCUUUCUGAGAGACGCCUGGGCCCACUGGCCUCCUGCAGACCCCUCACCAAAGAAGAGUGCCAUUCCGGGAAUGGCACCCGUCCUGAGACAGCCAGCAGAGGCCCAAGCUCCUGCGGGCCCAACAGCACCCCAGACAGCGCUGAGUCCGAGGCCUCCGAUUCGGCCAACACAGAGAGCCGCGGCUGUCGGACCAGUGGCUCAAGUGAAUCCAUGGAUGCACUGGAAGAGGACGACCUGGACGCCUGCUCCUCCAGCAGGUCCUCCUUCUUCCACUUUUGCUCACCGGCCUUCCCUGAGGGCCAAGAGGAGAGGAGUAGCUCAGACCCUGGUGGCUUCUUCUGUCUUCUUGACUUGGCCCAGGAAGCCAGCCCACGGUGCCCGAAGGCAGAAUUCCUGCAGGGCCCUGCUGCUGAGACCUUCAGCUGGGCCGCAGACCUUGGCACCACCCGGCUGGACCCCAGGCUCUACGAGGGCAGCCGGUUCGACUACUACAGCCUGUGCUCCAGUGUCUCCCCAGCCAGCCACCUGAGCGACAGCUCAGACAGCACUGCGUCCCGUGGUCAGCAGGCUUGGCCAGAAGCCCGGCCCAGCUCCAUGCCAGAAGGCCUGGCCUUGCAUCCACCACCCCUGGCCCUGGAGGACGGCAGCUCAGAUGAGGAAUAUUACGAUGCAGCUGACAAACUCACACCCCCCGACGGCCUCUCAGGGUCCAGCGCUGUUUCUGCUGCAGAACCCCACACCCUGAGCAUGCGUGGUGAGGCUGGCAGCCGCAACCCCAAGGACAGCCUCCGUCCUGGGCCGGAGGGGAGUGAGGAGAGCAGAAGGGGUGGGGCCGAAAAGUACCCCAAGAGCCUGAGGAAAAGAAGAUCCUUCCUGCAGACUGCCUACACCUCACAUGUCUCCUUCCCCCUCACGUCAGCCGUCUCCCUGGAGAGCAUGGACGACGUGUGCUACUACGACAGGGAGCCUUACCUCACCCUCGGGGUACCCUCACCCACCGUGUCCUCACUGCAGGACAUGCAAGGCGAGCCAGGCCUCCUGGAGACCAAGGCCUUGGGGCUGCUGGUCCCGCUCAGGGAGACCAAGAACAAGAACCCGGCUUCCAGGGUCAUGGAGAUGGAGCCUGAGACCAUGGAAACCAAGUCGGUCGUUGACUCACGAGUGUCUUCCAUCUCAGCCAUUCGCCUCCGCAUUGACUCUGCUCACAAAGAGCCGCCUGGGGCUGCCCCUUCCACUGUCACCCUUGGCAGCUCCUCAGCAGCUGCUCCUUGCUGUCCUAACCCGGGUCCCUCAGGCCCAGACACCGUGCAAACCAGACCUUUGCCAACCAGCCCUCUGCUCCAAGAUGCACAGAGCUCCACCCCUAAAGGCCUCAGUGUGGAGCUGGACGACAGCACCUCACGUCUCUCGAGUACCCACACUGACCCAGACACAGUCUGCCUGGCCAGCAGCCCAGGGCUGCCACGAGUCUCUCAGAGAAGCACGCAAGAGCUGGCGGGGGUCUGGCUGGCAAUGGAAUCGGGUGUUCUCUGCACAAACCACAUGCAAAACCCAACCCCCAAACACCCAGGGCCUUUGCUGUCUCCCAGAGAUGGGCCUGAGGGCGCUGGAGGUAGACUCAGUCCACAGGGGAAGAUGGCUUCAGGCUCUGUGAAGGAGGAGCAACAGGGACAGCUGCCUUGGGAAACUGACAAGAGAGUUUCAAAUGCCAGCUGGUCUAGGGAGGAAUCAGGGAAGCAUCUGGAUGAUCCCAAGGAUGCCAUGUCACACACGGACCCACAGGUUCCUGAUGGAGGGAUCAUCUCCCUCACUGUAGCACUUCCUGAAACAGGGACAGAACAGACCCCAUCACCUCUUCCUAGGGACCCCCAGGAACAAAGCAGAGACACCCCAAAGCAAGCCUGCCAGACCCAAGAACAAAAACUCUUGUUGGAGUUAGACUUGGAACCCGAUUUCUUACUGGGGGAGAAUGUCCCCUCCGCCUCACUGGCAGCAGGGAUUGGGACAGAGCCACUUAGCCAUGUGCUGGGGGAAGACACAGCCCCUCAGCAGAUCUGCUUUCAUGCAGGCCCUUGCCCUCCGAAGCCACUGCCAUGCCCUCAAGGAGAGGCCCAUCCAGAACCUCCUGCAGAAAGCGAAGGCCGUGGCUCUGGCCCCUGCCUGGCCAUGGAGAAGUCCUUCCUGUGCUUUCCUCCAGAGAGCCAUCCUGAAGUCUCUGCCAGUCUCAGGGUGGCCACGGCUUUGGGUUUUGCAGGCUUGACUGAGAAAGCGGCCCGCAGGAUCGGGAUGGAGCAGUGCAGCUGUCAGCUCUCCUAUGCCACGUGCUUCAGGGGCGUCCCACAGCCCGAGAUGGAAGAAGAGGAGAUGGACCCCACAGCAUGCCCUGAAGCUCCUCUCACCUCCCCACCCUCCUCCACAGGAAACCGCCUGCACCUGCCCUGGAAGCCUGCCCGAGCCCACAGCUGCAGCACAGCCCCCACUGCGCUGUCCAGAAAGAGCCACAUCUGGCCGGAGUACUGCUCCAGGGCACUGAGGCAGCUGAAAGCCACUCCGGCCAGCACCCCGGAGGGCUUCAUCCGCCUCCUGGAGAGCCUGCUGGAGCUACAAGACAUUUUGGAAGCCUCCUGGGGGGUGGGCAAUAAGCACCCCCCGGAGAAGUGCACCUGGCACUUUUCUGAAAGCCGCAGCCGCCUCUGCAUGGGUUCCCAGAAGCUGCUGUCGAGCUGUCAGCACGUCAUCCGGAUGGACCAGUCCCCCGAAGAGAUGCAGGGGGCGGUGCGUGACACCUUCCCUCACCUGGUGCAGCUGGCCGGCCUGUGCUUCCAGCUCACAGACUGCAGUCGCUGCUCAGGCCGGCACCGCGAAGCAGCUGGGAACCUGAGGGACGUGGUAUAUACUUAUCACCAGUUUGUAGAGGCGGCCAGGCUCACGUGCGAGAGGGGCUACCAGGACCUGAGUGUCAAACUCUUGGCCCGCCACUGCACGGCCCUCACGGCUGCCGUGUUUUGUUUGACCCAAAAGUUCCGGGCGUCCACUGCCCUAUGA